AUGAAAACAAAACAUUUAAAUAUAAAUAAUAUCUCUAGAUGUAUUCAUUUAAAUAUAUCUUCACUAAGGAAGCCUUCACAGCUCCAGUGUAGUAGAUACAAGUCACACAUAUCUAACAUAGAUAACCACUCAAAUUUUGGUCUGGACUCUUUAAAUUAUUUAGAAUCACUUUAUUAUAAAUGGAGAGCUGGUGAGAAAAUUAAUUAUUCGUUAUCAAGUUAUUUCUCUAAAAUAGAACUGGCUCAAGCAGCUUCAAGUAAAUUUAUAUCAAUUGCACCACUAAAAUCCAAUAAUAAUAUAAAAAUUGCUAAUAUUUUGAAUUUAGUUAGCUCUUUUGAAACUUAUGGUCAUCAAUUUGCAGAACUUGACCCACUAAAUUUGGAGUCCUAUACUUGCGCAGCAGUUAAACGUAAUCAAGAGAUAUAUAGGAAACUUCUUAAACCAGAAACUCAUGGUAUUCUAGGCUGUGAUGUAAUAUCAUCUUCAGAAAAUAUUAUAAUGAAUUCAACUUCUUCAACUAUCUUAACUGAUAUUUUAUUAAAAUAUAACAGCUUGAAAGUAGAUGAUUUGGUUAGAAUCCUAGAAAAAAUCUUCUGUGGUAAAACUGGCUUUGAGUAUAUACAUGUAAGAAAUGAGGAAAUAAAAAGUUUUAUGAGGAGUGCUGCUAUUGAAUACUUGUAUUGGAAACCCUCAAAAGAUGAUAUAAACAGAUAUUUGCAAAUUCUGGCAAGAGCUCAGCUUUUUGAAAAUAUGUGCUCAAAAAAAUUUCCUACAGUUAAAAGGUUUGGAUUAGAUGGCUGUGAAUCCUUAAUUUUAGGUCUUAGUGAGAUGCUUAGGAAAUUUAUUCUUGAUGGAAAUUCUAAAGAUAGUAAAGUUACCAUUGGAAUGUCACAUAGAGGUAGAUUAAAUGUAAUGUGUAAUAUUUUGAAUUUACCACUAGAAAAUAUGUUUUAUUCAUUUAGAUCUGGCAAAUUUAUAGAUAUUGAUACAAGAAGUGGGAUAUAUGGGGGAGAUGUUAAGUAUCACAUGGGAUACUCUGGUUACUAUGAAUUAAAUGAAAGGUUCAUUUCCGAUGCACCUGAGGCAAAUUACUCAGUAUCUUUUGGAGCUAUCCCAGUUGAAAUUUUAUAUAAUCCAUCUCACUUAGAAAGUGUGGUACCAGUUGUAAUGGGGAAGGUUAAGUCAGAGCAAUACUAUAGUGAAAAAAAAGGAGUAUUAGAUACUGCUAAGAAAUAUAUACCAAUAUUGAUACAUGGAGAUGCCUCCACUAUGGGACAAGGGGUAGUUUCUGAGGCUCUUAAUAUGUCUAAGAUAUCAUCUUAUAAUAUAGGAGGAAAUAUUCAUAUAAUAAUUAACAAUCAAAUUGGAUUUUGUACAUAUCCAAGUGAAGAAAUAGGGAGUAUGUAUCCUUCUGAUAUUUCGCGUGGGUUCGAUAUUCCAAUAAUACAUGUGAAUGCAGAUUGUCCAGAAUCGGUUGUAUAUGUAUUUUUAAAGUCUUUGGAAUUCAGAAACCGAUUUCACUCCGAUGUAUUUAUUAACUUAGUAGGUUAUAGGAGAUUUGGUCAUAAUGAAUUGGAUAUGCCUUUAUUUACACACCCUCUAAUGUAUAAAAAAAUAACUAGCAAACCAGGAAUAUUUCAUCUCUACAAGAAAAAAUUGGAGAAAGAAAAAGUUUUUUCGAAUACUGAAUUAGAUCAUAUUGAAGCUAGUAUAUCAUCAUUUAUAGAAAACAAGUAUAAUAAUAGUACUUCAAAUACCUUCAAGAGAAAUUUAGAGGGAUUCAAAUCACCAACUUUGACUAUAGAUGAUCUUAUAUCUAGAAGUACAUCUGAUAAUGAACAAGAGAUACUCUAUCCACCUCAGUGGAGAGUUGAAGAGUUAAAAAAUUUGGGUACUAAGUUGUCAACUAUCCCGUCCUCAAUAGACCUGCACCCAAAUAUCAUAAAAAUUUAUGAGCAACGAAGUUUAGCAACUGAAAAAGAAAACAAACCACUAGUAGACUAUGGUUUAGCUGAAACUCUUUCAUUUGCAACACUUCUUAAGGAAGGUAUUCACAUAAGAUUAGUUGGAGAAGAUACAAAACGAGGAACAUUUUCGCAUAGACAUUCAGUUUUGUAUGACAUUAAUAAUAAUCGAGAGUAUAGCCCUCUAAAAGAGUUCUCUAAGUUAACAAAGUAUUCAUUCACUGUUGAAAAUUCUACCCUUUCCGAAUUUGCAGGAUUGGGAUUUGAAGUAGGAUAUGUACAGUCCUCUGGACCUACGCUUGGUAUUUGGGAAGCACAGUUUGGAGACUUUGCAAAUGGAGCACAAAUAAUGUUUGACCAAUAUAUAUCAUCUAGUAUCCCAAAGUGGAAUCUACAAAUUCCAAUACUUUGUAUUUUGCCACAUGGCUAUGAUGGAAUGGGUCCUGAACACUCAUCUGCAAGAGUUGAAAGAUAUUUGCAACUAUCAAAUGAACCUGAAGAGAUACCUGUAAAUGAAGGAACAGGUAAACCUAUAGAUGAGUUAGAGAAUAUUAAUUGGAGACUUAUAUAUUGUAGUAAUUCAGCACAAUAUUAUCAUAUUUUCAGGAAGCAUAUGUGGUGCAAGAAAAGAAUUCCAACGCUAAUUUUUUUAUCAAAAAGACUUUUAAAAUAUCGUCAUGCGUUCUCUCCACUUAAAGACCUGUCAGAAUCAAGUUUUCUAUCUCUUAUACCAGAUAACUCAUCAGAAAUAGACAAUCUACAAGUUCGGAAAUUAAUAAUAUGCUGUGGUCAAAUAUAUUAUAAUUUGGUUCAGCAAAGAAGUUUAUUUCCAAAUAUAAAUGUGCCGAUAAUUCGUCUUGAACAGCUGAUACCAUUCCCUUGGGCUGAACUAUUCAGUCAGAUUUCUUCUUUUCCUAUAUUAUCUGAAAUUGUGUUUGUUCAAGAAGAACCACAAAAUAUGGGAGCAUGGUCAUUUGUUCAACCUAGACUAAGAAGUAUAGUUAGUUUAAUAGCUAAAACAGUUACAAACUAUGAAAAAAGAGUGCCAGAAAUAAAAUACGCCGGUAGAAAGACAAAUUCUGCAACAGCAACAGGUUUUGCAAGUUUACAUGAAGAAGAACUGCAUAACCUUUUAUCAAAUAUAAUUAAUUAA